AGAGUGUUCUGCUCAUUCUUGGUGGGCACUCCAGCUGAACACUACACGCCUGACUUCUCUGACUAACAGGACCUGAAGACCAUCUGUGGUGAAGAGGAACAGCCAAGAGAUAAAGUACUCGUGCAGUCGUCUGAACCUCUGAGUGGUGAGCAGUUUUUACAGCGUUCAUAAAGAUGGCUGAACUUUACAAAAUCUCAGUGAAACUCACUGACGACUACUGUACCAUCGAAGAAGUAGCACAUGGCAGUGGAGAAGAAGGCCACACAGCUCCAGUGCCUCCUGUUAGAGCAGAAAGGAGAGUCAACCGUGAGAUGAUGAUGAAGAUCUUCGGUGUUCUCCUAGUGGCCGGCCUCAUAUCCCUUUCUGUUUACCAUUUCAUAAAAUUAAAUCACAAGGAGCAAGAGCUGGAGGAGUUAAGAAAUGUAAAUUACAUCUUGACCAGUAACUACACUGAACUACAAGAGAGCCAAGAUACCCUGAAGUCUCAGUAUGAAACUCUGAAUGAGAAACUUGAUGAACUGACCAAGGAGUUCAGUGAUCUGAAGGAAUUCUACUGCGAUGCUACAAACACGUCUCCCGAUAACACUUGCUCUGUUUGUAAACCGGGUUGGGUCCCCUUCAGUUCCAAGUGUUACUUCAUUUCUACUUAUAAUCUGACCUGGAAUGAGAGCCGUGAUUGGUGCGAGACAAGCGGUGGACGACUAGUGAAUAUAGAAAGUUCUGACGUGCUGGGCUUUUUAAAAAGGAAAGCUGCUGUCACUCAAAGAUAUUUUUGGAUUGGCCGAUAUGACAUCAGUAAAGAAAACAAAUCUACCAGGAUGGACGCCGGACCUGUGAAAUCCAAGAGAGCCAGUGAUGACAACAAAGAAGAGUGUUUGAUGAUAAAGCUGAAGUAUACCAAGGUGUUUAACUACAGCUGUGAAGAUCGUAAUUACUGGAUCUGUGAGUCUGCUGUGAUUCCUCUUCAUAUUUAAACUGCUAUCAAGAGUUCCAGUCACCUGCCAGAGCCGCUGUCUUCAGGAAUCGUAAGGAUCACUUCAUCAGUAAAUCAUAGAGCUGCUAGUCUGAGCCGAGUCCAGACGGUCACCUCACUUUGUCAUGUAGGUGACAGAGGUAGUGAGUGACAACAUACUCUACAUACAGGACUGGGAGGACAUGAAAGCUGACAUCUUAUUGUAAUCUCAGUGUUGGUCUGUGACUUCUUCUCAGUUCUGACUAAAUAGACCCCCGGACCCUGAACUGCACAUGGUGGUCAGAGAUAACUGAUGA